AGGCGUGGAAGUUGGAAGCAGAUGGGCCGCUGUCUCCACUGAAAAGAAGCAGUGUCAACACAGGCUCUCAGCGGCAGCUGGAGAGGGGAUGAGAUACUAGCAGAUAAUCGCCGGUCAGCAUUUCAGCUCUGACCACAGCGCCCAAGGAGUUCCUACAUUACAUCAAUCUUAAUUUUUCCCUCUUGCGCAAACUGGUCUUUUUUCCUUCUUCUGCUUCUCCUCUGCAGGAAUGAAAGUGAAGAACACCUGAGUGUUCAACAUGAGGCUUAGCUCACGCUAAGCUGAUGAUUCUUCUACGACUGUCUAUGUGCAACAGCAUCACCAUCCACCAUGCAGGAGUGCGAGACAGGCUUAUGCCUCUCGGUGUACAUCUUCACCUUCGUCACAGGCUUCCCCUCCAACCUCCUGGCCUUCUACACAUUCGCCUGCAAGGUAUGGCGGAAACCUGUGCCCAUCGACAUCCUCCUGCUCAACCUCACCAUCUCGGACUUGCUCUUCCUCGUCUUCCUGCCUUUCAAGAUGCUGGAGGUGGCCAAUGGAAUGACGUGGGACAUGCCGUACUUCCUGUGCCCGCUGUCCGGCUUUGUCUUCUACAUGACCAUCUACAACAGCACCUUCUUCCUAACCGCAGUUAGCAUGGAGCGCUACCUGGGGGUGGCUUUCCCCAUCCAGCACUCUCUGAGACGAAGGCCCAUCUAUGCUGUGGUGGCGAGCAUCUUCCUCUGGAUGUUGUCGAUCCUCCACCUCAGCAUAGUCUACAUCAUGCCCUACUACAACCCGCCUGGGACAGGCCCUGUGGCCCGGAAUGUGUGCUAUGAAGAGUUCACUGAGGCCCAGCUCAGAAUCCUACUGCCGGUUCGGCUGGAGCUGUGCGUGGUUCUCUUCUGCAUCCCAUUGGUCAUUUGUGCCUUCUGCUACAUCAGCUUCAUUUACAUAUUGCUGCGGCUACCCAACAUCGGAAGGCGGCGGCGCCUCCGGGCCAUUGGCUUGGCCCUGGGGACACUGCUGGUUUUUGCACUCUGCUUUGGACCCUACAACGUCUCACAUGUGGUGGGAUUCAUCACGAAGCAAAGCCCGGGCUGGAGGGACAAGGCCCUGCUGCUAAGCACCUUCAACGCUUGCCUGGACCCGCUAAUCUUCUACCUAUCAUCAGCUGCAGUGCGCAGCGCACUAAGCUCGGUGACGCGGAGCGUCCUGAGUCGGGUCAAAGCGUGGAACUGUGCUACGAUUUGCUGGAGGCCUGUAAAAGACCCAGAUGUGACAGCCAAAAACCCCUUCCCCAGUCCAGGGGAGCUCAACGCGCUCUGACUGCCAGCAGUUUUGGUCAGAGUUGUGAUGGAACUGUCAAAAAUCUUUCCCCAAGCCAGGAAACUCAACAUCCUCUGACAAACAAUAUCUAUAAGAACAGGGCAUGAGGCUAACAUCACUGGUAAUGUAUCAGCACUCCUGGCCAGUCAUAUCUUUGCACUUUUUUCACCAAAUAUGCUGCUUGUAACUCCUCAUGUAUGUUGAAUGGAGCACAUCAGACUCAGAUCUCCAAGGAAAUGGAAAGUGAAAGAUCAUGAAAUUCAUCACAAAGGAAAUCUAUAUUUGUUGCACAGUUGAGAUUUUAUUGCAGCGCAUUUGACAGAGCAACUAUUCUGUGCCAAAAUAUGGCCAAAUCAUAAAGUACAGAUUUUUAAAGGAGCCAAACUGGGCUACAGCAGAGGACUUCAUAUCCUGACCUUUAAUCCAGUUUGGAUUUUUCUGGACAUUUUAAAGAUUUUCCCUGUUCAUACCAAAGGAGAACUCUCAGGACCUUCAGAAAGGCAUACCGAUUUCUGGGACUGAUAUUUACUGCCAGAGUAAAAGCUAAUACAGAGCUCCUCUGUUGUUGCUAUAGUUUGCUUGUGUUUACUGUUCACACAAGACUCACGUGAGAAAUGAAGUGACCACACAAGCUAAAGAGAAGCCUAUGGUUCUGUUAUGCUAUGGGAAAAGGACACAGGUACUCCACCAGGGUAUGGAUACGAAUGUGCAGCUGUACUGUUCUGUACUGAAAAACACCAGUAAUGCCAGGACUGGAAACAGGAUUUGAGGUCAAGAGAGAUCUCUGGCUUAUAGACUGUGGACUUUCAACAUAAGUGCCCAUAGGAGUGAUAGUACUGUUUACAGAGAAAUGAAGGAAAUAUUGGUGAAUGUUUCUACUGUGCUGUUCACAGGCUCCGCUUAAUUAAUGCACUAUACUUCCUGCACAGAUUAGGCCGAGGCCUGGACAA